AGGGUGGCAGUGUGAGAGUGGUGAAUGAGCGAGAGACAGUCCGAGUGAAUCCGGGGGUGACUGUACAACGGGGGGGACUCUGCUUCCUGGAAAUUCAUGAUGGCGUCGACACCAUGCCAAGAAGAAGAGGAAGUAACGAAAUCGAGAUAAAGAGUGGAGAACAGAGAGAAGCGAAAGAGGAUUCAUCUCGAGAAAAUGAUUCUGUGGCUGUGGUCGGGGCGUCCAGAGUAGCGCUCGUGGGUGAAGACUCUGGAGAAGAGCCCCCAAAGGAGUGGUGGGGAGCGAGGCACACCCUGGCACUCAUGGGUUUCCUGGGCUUCACCGUCUUGUCCGCCGUCAGGAUCUGUCUCUCCAUCACCAUUGUCGCGAUGGUUAAGUCAGAUGCCAAAAACUCUACGGGCCGGAACGCCACGUUUGACACCUGUCCAUUCCCUGAUGAUUAUGAAGUGGUUGAGACAAGUCGUAAUGAAAGUUGCAGAGGUAUGUCUUCUUGUGUCUCAGUUUAG